AUGUCAUUAGUAGUGUCUUCAUUGAGACGUGUGGUUACCGCCGUUCCGCCGAGAUUCAAAGAAUCCGAAAAUGUCGGAGAUUCUACAAGAGGUCUAGAUCGUUUGAUGGUGAAUUGCGGUGCUCCUCUGGUUCUCGGGACCUCACCAAGUGACGAGAAUUCGUUACUUGACAACAAUUUAACUCCUUCUCUCCCACUACCCUUAUACCUCCUUAUCUCUCAGAGACACCCAUGUCUCAACGCUCAGUACCUGAUGUUUGGUUCAAUCUUGACUAUCGCACUUGCUGCUACUUCUGUUCUUGGAGCUACCCAGACUAUUCAGGUGGGAGCCAACGGUGCAUUGACUUUCACACCACCAUCUAUCAACGCCUCUGUCGGCGAUACAGUCGACUUUCAAUUCGUUUCCGGUGACCAUACCGUUACCCAAUCAACUUUCGCUGCCCCAUGUUCUCCAAUGGCAAAUGGAUUCAACUCGGGUUUCAUGCCUGGUAGCUCUGCUAAUCCCCCUACUUUUUCGAUUUUGGUCAACAGCACGAGUCCCAUUUGGAUCUACUGCGCACAGGUUGGACAUUGUCAACAGGGUAUGGUAGCUGCUAUAAACGCCCCAUCGAAAGGCAACACCUUUACCGCUUUCCAACAAGCUGCAGAGGGAAAGAGUACCUCAACUAACUCCACUGGAACUGGAGGUACUCCUAGUGGAUCUGCAUCUGCCAGUGCUAGUGCAUCUGCCAGUUCGUCAGCUUCAGCAACAGGUAGCGGAUCUGCUUCUGGUCCUUACGGCUCGUCUUCAUCAGGUGCUUCACAAAUCGCUGUCCCCGCACUCGCUCUGGUCCUUCUUUCUGCCUUUGCGGCACUUCUAUGA